AUGUCGGAAGCCGGGCGUCUCAAGUCGUCCGCGGCCGUUCGGCCUCCUCUGGGCGACGCUACCUAUCGGAUCAACAACAACUUGCCCAACACCUCGGCCAAGUCGCCCAAGUCUCAUGGCCCCGAAGCCAACGGUGCUCGAAUCGACCCCGUCGUGUCACUCAUUAAUCCUGACAUUGAGAUGCCGGAUGAACCUACUGUGUCCGAGCCGCAUGCUCCUGACGGAGGCCACAACUGUGCUGCACCGCCUCCGGGACCGCAACCGCGUCAUCCGCGAACGAGGGCCGUCCAAGAGACCGACCCUUCCAAGCGAGUCUCGCAAGCAUCUACUGCCCCUUCGAGCAAUCGAAGCAGCAAUUGCAGCUACAAGACCCAGGUUGGGCCUUGGCAGCUGGGCAAGACUUUGGGGAAGGGGUCAUCAGCACGCGUUCGACUAUGCCGACACCGCCUCUCCGGAGAGCUCGCUGCCGUCAAGAUUAUUCCGAAGAAGACGGCAUAUCUGAUUCAACACGGCAGCCUCGCCGCUCUCCACCAGUACGAUGAUAGUCUCCCGGACCGGAUCGACGGCGAGAUGCGUGUGCCAAUGUCCAUUGAGCGUGAAGUCGCCAUUCUCAAGCUUGUUGACCACCCCAACGUCAUGAAGGUGUAUGAUAUUUGGGAGAAUCGCUCUGAAAUCUAUCUGGUGCUUGAAUACGUCGACAAGGGUGACCUCUUCGACUACAUCAAUACCAAUGGGCGUCUCAACGAAGAGGCGGCCAUGUACUUUUUCCGACAGAUCAUGAGCGCCAUGCAGCAUUGCCACGCCUUCAACAUCUGUCAUCGCGACUUGAAACCCGAGAACAUCCUGCUGAACGCCGAAAAUCAGAUCAAGAUUGCAGACUUUGGCAUGGCUGCCUUGCAUCAAUCUGAAGGCCACCGUCUUGAAACUGCAUGUGGCAGUCCACACUAUGCUGCGCCUGAGCUGUUGAAGAACAAGCACUACCGCGGAGACAGGGCUGACGUAUGGUCGAUGGGUGUUAUUCUUUACGCCAUCCUGGCUGCUCGACUGCCUUUCGACGACCCCGACAUUCGCAUCCUCCUUGCAAGGACCAAAAAAGGGAUAUACGAGAUGCCCGAGUGUCUCAGCCCCGAAGCAAAGGACCUCAUCUGUCGCAUGCUCCAAGUCAAUCCAGACAUUCGAAUCAGUCUCAAAGACAUGUGGCGCCACCCUUUGAUUCGCAAGUACGAUUACCUUGACAAUUUUGGCACCAAAGCUGGGCAGCCACGAAACAUCCGUGAAGGUUUCGACUACACUCCUCUGAAGCCUCAGGAGGUCGACGACCAUCUAGUGAGACAAUUACGCUCGCUGUGGCAUAUGUUCUCCGAACAUCAGAUCAAGCUCAUGCUUCUCGAUUCAUCGAAAAAUGAUCAAAAACUCUUCUACUGGCUGCUCCAGCAGUAUCGACAGAAACAACUGGAAAACUUUCUUCCGGAAGUCUCCCAAUCGCCGAGCGACUAUCAUCACCUUCACCAGCCAGCCUGGAAGAAGCGUGUGUCAACCUGCGAGUUCACCCAGCCGCGAGCUCACGGCCUAGGCAGAAGCAUUUCCAAGUUUACUGUCAUCUCCAAUGUUCCUGACACCGACGUCGGCACGGUCAAGAGCUACGACCCGUACAACUCGAGUCGUCCCAUGCGUGCGAAUUCGCAAGUAAGCCAUGCCAGAAUUGUCGUGCACCGGAGAAAUCAACCCAGCAAGAGCUAUGCGCGAGAAGACACGUAUACCUCCCAGAUCACAAGGACGGGCACGCGCUCAACUGGUCGCCACACACGAGUCGACUCGCAGCGAACUGCUGUUAGCGGUCGCUUCCCGUCCUCACGAGGCUCCAUGGGUUCAGUGGCGAGCAGUCGGCAGGGAGGAUCUUAUAGCCGCUCAGCUUCGCGGCGCAAACGCAGAGUCGACUUUUCCCAGGCCAGGAACCCAUCGGUUGAUCAUCGCCGCGGGAAGCAGAGCGUUCGACGGGGAGCAAUGAGCAACGCCAGUAACUCUCUAGCACCACGUCAGUCAGAAUGGGCUUCUGAAAACGUCCUCAGUCCGCCGAAGCACCGCAAGGUUAUGGACCGGCCACGACCGAAGCCAAGACUGAAGAUAGUCAGGCCGCCUGAUCCACAUGCCAUGGUCAAUGAAGAGGUCCGCAAUUUCUCAAACAGCAUCGCAAAGGAUUGCGAUGAUGCGUUCAACAGUUCAGCCAUUGGAUCUGAUAUUAGCGAGCUGCCGCUUGAUGUGGGCUCGAAUGGACGACGGGCCUCGACGCCCUUGUCUUUCACGACCACUGGAGCUCCUUCGGUCUUCACGCCCACUGCACCAACCAUCACAAAUCAUCCUUGGGAUUCGCGACCGUUGCCGCCACUGCCGCCUCAGACUCCGGGUUCUCCAACUCCACAGGUAGAGUCUUCCCAGCAAGGACGAGAGGACCAAGCAGGUGGCUUCAACAGGAUUAUUGAACAGGUCAAUCGCCUUGCUCUACCAGUACUACUGCCCAAACACGACCGUAGAGUUGUUUCGGCCCCAACAUACGACAAAGGUCAUGAAAAGCUUGCUUCUAUCAGUGAGAAUGGGCGUGAAGUCCCUCCACAAAUCCAACACGUGGACAUUGAGAGAUCACGCAUCGUUUCUGCACCUCCUAGAACGCCUCGAGGUCGGGCAGAUGCCGACGGACUGGAUUACUUGUCUCGCGUGGGCGAAACGAUUCGAGUCGUCAACUCUCCCACAGCAACAAGCCCCGUGCCUGCACCACUCAAUGUACGAAAGAAGCAUUCACAUCAACCAGCUAGUGCGGUUGAAGGCGCCGGCCUGCGUCAAGUGUACAUGCACGGCGCGAUUCACGAUGAUGAACCUCCUGCGGGGCUGUCUGCGUCUCACAUCAGUUCACAUGGCGCGGAUUCUGUACGGAAGAAAAAGUCUUGGUUCAAGCGAUCUGCCAAGGAGGAUGAUCAGCGCGAGGCGAGCAUCCGCACCAAGCAGACUUCUAGCUCCCGUGAAACGACCGACACAAGGCCAUGUACUAUGGCUACUCAGUCGACCAUCGACUAUAGCACUGAAGCGACGUCGCCGUCUCGCCACCAUUCUGGACCACUCUCGCCGCCCCAGAAGAAGAAGUCGUUUGGACUAUUGUUCUGGAAGAGCAACAAGGCAGAGAACCGCAUGAGCAUCGCUGGGCCUGAUUACGAGGACUCGCCAUCACCCGAAUCUCGCAAGACGGGACGAAGCAAAGUCAGCCAACAUGGGGACCAAAGCAUCACGGAGUCAGACUCUGGGGUUAGAAAAAUUGAGGUGCAUCAGACAUGGCUCGCACGCCUGUUUGGUGUGAAGCCGGCGACAAGCCACAUGUGUCUUGUCGUGUCUCGCAAGCGUGCACGCCAAGAGCUCGCCAUCCUGCUGAAGGACUGGCGGCGAUAUGGAAUCCGCGACAUCCAGGUGGAUAAGGAGAGAAACGUUGUGUUCGCUCGCAUUGGGUCGAAGAACUACCUGAACAUCAAGGAAGUGUCUUUUGCCAUGGAGAUCAUGACGGUCAUCGAGCACGGCAAGCGAGGGUCCUUGAGCAUUGUGCGUUUUACGCAGGAACGAGGGGCCGCCAGCAGCUUUCAGAAGGUUGUGGACACGAUCAAGUCGGUAUUUGGAUCGCGUCACCUGCUGGUGACGGACAAGCGCAAGUCGAAGAUGAUGAUCAAGACGCUGAAUUCAUGAGAGUGAUGGGUAGGAUUGCGCAAAAGUGGUUCAGCACAUGUUGCAUUGGCGACAGGCGAUUGGCGUUGGCAUUCAUUAUUGCGGAGGCGUCCUGGAAGAACAACUCGGCCAGAGGGAUCUGGCUGACCAUGGGUAUUGUUUGCUGUUUCAUGCUGGUCAGGAUGGACAACCAUUCCUUUUUAUCAUUCUCUCCUUUGUUCUGCUUCACUGAAUUUUCUGUUUUGAUAUUCUUUCACAGGGUGGAGGGAGCGAGAGGAGGGCAAGCAGCAGGAGUGCCUGCUUGUCUGACAGUUAGGAAGAUGCCUCCUGUCAGCUUGAUAAGCGUCAGGGAUAGAUAAUGAGUGGGAGUUGGAUGUUCAAAGUCCUUGUACGACCUCUACUAUUGCAUUCUCUUUUACUUUUCGCCCACUCUUGUCUUCGCUGUCCAGACCAUCACACUGUGUACAGAGUUGUUAGCAGAAACACACAAGCUUGUUACCUCA